AUGUCCAAUGCUGGAGAACAAGACAAGGCAGGCAACUUACUGAACUUGUUCAGUAAUCCUCUUACUGCUGUUGAGAAAUUGGACAAUGACGGAAAUGAGGAAGGAGAAACUCCGACAGCAGAUCCCAAUCUUGGAUCCGACAAUUAUCUCAUGAAUCUCUUCGCUCCAGUGGCACGAUCUUCUCCUGAGCGACAAUCCAACCAAGAGAGCACUCCAUUAAUGUCAGAAUCUUCAUCUGUUCCAGCAUAUUCGCUGGAUUCUCUGGCAUCCAGUUGGAAGGACAGUUUCCAGCAGUCGACUGAUGUCGGUCCUCCUUUGACGUCCACUAGAAGAUUGUCGGCAACUGGCCCUCUGCCAUCCAUUCAAGAAUCAGUUGGUUCCGGAAGCAACAAGCAGCAGGGCAAGCUGUCCUGCAAGACUCUAUCUGCAUUCGCCAAAGAGGCAACCAAGGGAACCACAUUGAUUGGUAGUUUCAUGUACUUGCUCUAUCACAUUGUCUUUUGUCUGGCAAUAGGAGCGGCAAUCAAUCGACCCAACAGUCCCACUUCCAUUUUGGGAUUGAUGACCAAGAUGGCGGCCUUGGGACCCAUUUCAUCUUCCUUUGUUUAUUGGGUGACGCUUGGCUCGGAGGUUCCAGCGUUGUAUCCCACAGUGGAUCUAUUCUUGGCUCCCUUUCUGGCGAAUUUGGCAAAGAUCGUCGACCAGACGCUGGCGGAUGAUCCUGCUGUUACAGAAGUCGAUAAUGAUUCUACCUUUCUAGCCACGUUUGCAAUCCUAUCGGCAAUUGGCACCUGCUUCUCCGGACUGCUCUUGCUUUUGUCCAGUGUCUUUCGACUAGCCAACCUGGGUUCCUUCUUGCCAUUUCCUGUCAUUUGCGGAUUUUUUGCUGCAGUUGGUAUUUUGACAUGGACCCUGGCAAUUGCAGUGGAUACGGGUGGGACAUCGAUUGGUACCAUUUUGUCGAGCGGAGACAUGGAAUUGGUCUCGUUUGCUGUGAUCCAUCACGUCCCAGGAGUGAUGAUUGCAGCAGUGAUGAAGUAUUUGGGACCAAAGAAUCCUUUCUUUGUUGUUAUGAUUGUGGUUUCAUCGGUUGCUCUCUUCUAUACCACUAUGUUUAUCAUGGGGGUUUCAUUGGACGAGGCUAGGGAGAACGGAUGGUUUUGGUCACACGACGAGUUGGUGUACCAUGCUGCAGUUCCGAUUGGAUUCUAUGCUUGGGCUAGUCCUGCCCCCUUUGGUUCGAUAAAUACGUUGUUUCAAGGAAAGGUCCACUGGGGAGCUAUUCGAAACGGUUUGUCUACUACUAUGGCAAUGGCGUUCCUCUAUGUUAUCCGGUGCUCUGUUCAUGGAACGGCUUUGAAAAAGAAUAUCCGCAACUUGACUCGGAAAGACAAGUCGAACGAGCAAAAGGGUCGAUCGAACAAACCAAUGCAAAGCCCCAAACUUAUGAGACCAAAGCCAAUUAAAUCACGAAAAUUCUCCGAGGCAGUGGAUAUUGAAACUGUCAUGAACGCUCCCAGUGAAACUCAAGAAGAACCACAGAAAAUGAUCUCUGCAAAACCGACAAACAUCCCUCUCGGUUAUAUUCUCUUGCCAUAUGGGUACAAUCAAUUUGUAUCAGCACUCGUUGGAGGAUUCCCUAUUACACCGUCAGUUGCUGCAAGCUCUACCAUGUACUCGUUAGGUGCAGAGGGCCUCGCACCGCAAAUUGGAUCCGUUCUAUUGCUUGUCAUUUUCUACUUAACAGACUUUCAAUUGGUUGGGUACAUUCCGAAGCCUGCAUUUUCUUCCAUGCUGAUUCUUGCAUUUAUCGACAUGAUCUACACGUGGUUCUAUAAAUCCUAUUUCAAAACGAAGGACAAACUCGAGUGGCUUGUUGUCCCAAUCAUUGUGGUCGCGGCGUUUGUCCUGGAUCUGCUCUCGGCAGUCUUCCUUGGAAUUGCGAUUUCCACUUUCCUUUUUGUCGCUUCCUUCUUCCGAAGUGGCGUUGUGAAAUAUGUCGCGAACGGAAUGACGAUUCAUUCCACUAUCGAAAGACCUUUCAACAGUUCCGAGUGGCUGAAUCACAAUGGAGACUUGAUCCAAGUAUUGGUGUUGCAAAACUACCUGUUCUUUGGCAAUGCAACCUCCGUAUACAAUUACACUGAAAGACUCUUUCAAUCCGACAAUGAAGAAGUUCGGCACCCUCAUUUCAUGAUCUUGGACAUGACACUGGUGACUGGGAUGGAUACUAGUACAGUCGACAUAUUCAAUGACAUCAAAAACCUCUGUGCCAGUAACAAUUGCAAGCUUUUCAUGGCGGGUAUACCUUCGGACAUUCGCACAAUUUUUCUUUUGGGUGGUUUCAAGGCAGACAGCACUGGAGAGAGGUCAAAGCGACAACUGCGGUUCUUUGCAAGUUUGGAUUCAGCACUCGGAAAAGCAGAAGACAUUCUGCUGGAUAGAAAGUUUGACCAAAAAGAGAACUCUGGUGCCUACGGGCAUCGCCGAAUGGUGAGCGAGGGUGACAAUGGUUUGCGUUCUGCACUCCGACAAAUCGACGAGCAGCACAAGGAAGGCUUUGCAGUUGAUCUUCUACCAUUGCAACGGUUCACCCGUGUCAUCGAAAUAAAAUCAGGUGACAGCUUGUAUGGUUUCAUUGAUGAUAUCGAAAGGGGUUUGUUCUUUAUCGAAAGCGGUGUAAUGAAGGUGGAGCACUCGACUACUGCUACUAUGAAUAGGGGAACCCUUCGUGGUUCCACUGGUAGUAUUGGAGCGCUUGGCCCUAGUAUUGGACCAUCAUCUGCGCUGGAUUCUGACAAGAAUCCCCAAACCUUUCGAUUAGCUCGGAUAGGUCCUGGAUGGGUGGCUGGCACCUUGGAAUAUGUUUCUGGCAUUCGCCUUGGCGGGGAUCAUGUUGCAAUUACCGACUGCCGUCUACAUCAUUUGCCCUACAGCCAAUUGCAAGAAAUCGAAAAAUCGAACCCAUCCCUUGUGCUUUCCUUGUACAAACUUCUCAGUUUUCUGAUGGCAAGACGUCAAGAAGCUACCAUCGGUCAACUUGCUACGCUCCACUCCAUCAUGACUUCACCAGCCAAAUCGCAUUCUUUGAGAAGAAGAAUACCAGUGCAACACUAA